AUGGCUCUACGGACAACAGCAACCCUCUUCCUGUGUUUCCUGCUGGGAGUAAAUUGCUGGCAUGAUUUGGAUAACACCGAGUACGACUGUUGGCCAAGCAACAAUCCAAAUGAUUACAACAUGAUAAACUGUGGUGGUCUGGAAAUGGCCUGGGUGCAGCGUCCUCCAGAGAAAGUAACCAAUGGGGAGGAAUUCAAUGUCUCGUACACUGUGACAGCUUCAGAUUCCUUCUACGAAUACGCAGUCAGGAACAAGAUUUUCCAGUUCAGUGAUGCGUCAGAGGCAAAGAGGUUCUGUCAUGAACACGAGUGCCCAGCAAACUGGAACAACGCCAAUGAAAUGAACUGCUGCGUGUAUCACGCAAACAUUCACUCCUGUCCUCUGGGCCUCAUGAAACAAGGUGGAAUCUGCGGCCCGUGGAUUCCUGAUGAUGGUAAAAUAGUGACUCACACUGUUUCCAAAGCAGGCAAGAUGACUAAAAAAUACUGGACUUCAAAGGUGGUACUGAUCCAUGUUGGAGUCACCUCAGUCAUCGCUCAUAUCAAAAUAGGACAGAUGCACGCAGCACUGGAGUCCAAAGUGCUUGUUGUCAGCGCCCAAGUGUGCGGGGAUGACAUCUGUGAGGUGGAGGAGAACUGUCUGAACUGUCCUGCAGACUGUGGCAUCUGUCCAAUGUCCAUCAUGAUCAAGGUGGCCAUCGGGCUUCCAGUUGCUCUCUUCAGCAGUGGUUUCAUCCUAACCAUGGUGUGGUUUCAGUACCAGAAACAGAAGAUGUUUUGGGAUGAGAGCUGGAUAAUUAACUACAAGAACAUACUAUUUGGUAGAGUGUGCUGCACAGAUCUUGGUAGCAUGACCAGCCUGCAGCGCUUCAAGAGUAAUUCUACCGUCAGUAGAACCACAGACGUGACCGUGUGCACUGGAGUCAACACCUCCUUCAAACAAGGCUUCAUCCAGCCCGCCAUCUAUGAUGGGAGAGCGGUGGCAGUCAAACACAUCCAGAAGAAACAUUUCACCCUCUCUGAUACCAUCAGAAAGGAAGUGAAAGAAGUCAGGCAACUGGACCACCCCAAUCUAUGCAAGUUCAUUGGCGGUUCCAUUGAGGUGCCAUAUGUGACCAUCAUCACAGAGUACUGCCCUAAAGGAAGCCUGUCUGAUAUCCUGCUGAACAAUGACAUCCCGAUCAACUGGGGCUUUAGACUGUCCUUUGCCACUGACAUUGCUCGCGGGAUGUCCUACCUCCAUCAACACAAGAUGUUUCAUGGGAGAGUGCACUCCAGAAAUUGUGUCGUUGAUGACCGCUGGGUGUGCAAAAUCUCAGAUUACGGGCUCACAGCAUACAGGAAGGAUGACUUUGAGGCCAUGAGUAAUGGCUUCAACUGUAGAGAUGUAAACCGUAUAUACUGUGCUCCAGAGGUCCUACUGGGAAGCAGUUGCAAUAUGACACCAGCAGCAGAUGUCUACAGCUACUCCAUGAUUCUGGUUGAGAUUGCAACUCGCUCUGACCUCAUUUCAGACCAGGCUGAGGGAGUGAGGAUGGAUAUCAUGUGGCGUCCUCCUCUGCCUGAACUCAAAGCAGGGAAGGCGGAUACUGACUGUCCCAGUCAAGGAGAGUACUGUGAGCUUAUUAAGAGGUGCUGGUCUCACAACGUCACAAUGAGGCCCACAUUUGAACAAGUGAAAAAGACGCUCGACAAGAUGAACCCACACAAAGUCAGCCCUGUGGACAUGAUGAUGAACCUGAUGGAGAAGUACAGCAAACAUCUGGAGGCCAUAGUUGCUGAGAGAACACAGGACCUCCUUCAAGAGAAACAGAAGACAGAUCGGUUGUUAUACAGUAUGUUACCCAAGCCGGUGGCUGAUGACCUUCGUCAAGGCCGGACAGCAGAGGCUCAGAGCUUCUCCAAUGCCACAGUCUACUUCAGUGAUAUUGUAGGCUUCACUCAGCUGUCUGGUGCCAGCACUCCCCAUCAGGUAGUGGACUUCCUCAACAAGCUCUACACCUCUUUCGAUGACAUCAUUGAUAAUUAUGAUGUCUACAAAGUGGAGACAAUUGGUGAUGCUUACAUGGUGGUCUCUGGGGUCCCUCAAGAAAAUGGUAUCAAUCAUGCUGGGGAGAUUGCCAGCAUGGCCCUGGAUCUGGUCAGUGUCUGCCACACUUUCAAGAUCCCCCACAAGCCCAACACCCAGCUGAAGAUACGUGCUGGUAUCCAUUCAGGACCUGUUGUGGCUGGUGUGGUUGGCACCAAAAUGCCACGCUACUGCCUAUUUGGGGACACUGUCAACACAGCAUCUCGGAUGGAAUCAACAAGUGAAGCUCUGAAGAUCCAGGUGAGUGGUGCCACAGCUGACUUGCUUCACACACUCAGAGGUUACGUUCUGACCUGCAGGGGAACACUCAAUGUGAAGGGUAAAGGGGAAAUGACAACAUGGUGGCUGGAAGCAAAGACAGACGAUCACACAGUACCGCUACUCAGAACGUCUGAGUCCAGAGGAGUCUUAGUACCAGUUAGUAACUAGUUCUAGCUAGAAGGACUAAAAUAUGAACAUAACUGUACAGUAUGAACACUGGUCAGACAUUGUGUAGUGCAGUUGAACUGUGUCCAAUGAACUACGUUGGGGAUAAAUGUGCAGAUAAGCUGAAAACUCAGUUAAAUGUUACCAGUAAAGUGUUUAUUUGUGUUGUUCAUUAUCAUAGUUACAUUGUUGUGACCUAGAUUGAUGAUGACAAACAAAAUCCCACUGACGAUUAUUUGUAGAAACCACAUGGACAUGCUCGUUUAUUAUUUAUUUCUUCUCACUUGCUGGAGAGAAUGUAAAAAAAAUAUGCAGAGAAACAUGCCAGAGUUAAAGAAAUGCUGUUUUUAUCACACAUUAUUAUUAUUUUUCACUCAUAUAUAGCGUUAUGUUUAUUGUUGCAAUCUGAGGCAGUUAUCAUUUUCCUGAAACGUCAAAAAACAAAGGGGGACAUUCAAUUCUGUUCAAUUUAAUGGGCUUUAUUGGCAUGGAAGUUACCUGUAUUGUAUUUUGACAAAAUACAAUUUGCCCAAAUAUUUGGACAGUACAAAAUAACAUGACUAAUAUGACUAUUAACAUGCAUGAAAAUUGAGAUAACCUUCUCUUAUAUUAAGCACAAAACUUUUCUAAGGUUUCAGGUAAAUUCUAUCUGGUCUACAGAGUAACAUGUUUAUAGACUGAUUCCUUACAUUUCAAACAUUUUGACUUUGAACUGGCUUUUUUUAUGGCUGAGAUUUUGACAUGUCUGCAGAAAACGCAUGGGUGUAAUUAAUGGUAUUAUCAGUUCCACCUGUGCUUUUCCUGCUGGAUGGAAGCUGGAUGUAAAAGUAAUUCAGAACCAAACUCUUCCAUGAAAGCCACUGUGCGUUUUCAAAAUUAUAUAGUUAAAUAUUGUAAAUCUUGUAUGGUGUCGUGUCAACUCUUGAUGCAGAUUUGAUACACACAGACAUUUAGCCGACUCAGCUGACUGAACUCAUCACCUGUGUAA